CUUUUUUCAUUUAUCUACGGAGGUUAGUGUAUAUGACGAUGGUUUUGGAAAGAAAAUGCGUCAAGAAAUGAUUAGUAAGGUUGCACUAAGACCAACUGCCACUGAAAUAACCGUCGCGCUGUCGGAAUCAGACGUUUUUCGAGAUAUUCAAGUUGAACAUUUACAACCAUUCUUCUAUGGGGGACAGUAUUCGGUUGAUUUUAUUCAGCUAUUGAAUACAUACAAGACAUUGAGCUCCGAUCCCAUUGAAUUGAGCAGCGACGAAAUAGCAAUACUGACCUCAAAUUAUAACGACGAUUCAAAAACCAAUAGAAUUCUUACUCAAUUUAAAUUCUGCCGCAAAAUGCAAGAAAUACAGUGCACGAAUAUCUUACUUUUGAAGUUUAGUUUACCGAAAGUCAAAAGUUCUUUAAAAGUUAUUGCUGACUACGUGUACAAUAUGAUAGAAAUGUCAUACAGAGGGAAAUUUUUAAAUCAUCUCGGGGGUAAGACGACCCCAGAAGCGUUUGACCAUUACGCCAUCAGGCCAGAAUGCAGGUUCGAGGACCUCAUCAAGCUUCUCCGCAGGCAAGCGUACGUGGAAUGA